UAACCCCAUCCAAAACCCUUAUCUGUCUUUUUUUUUUUUUCUUUUAUAUAUCCUCUCCUCACCUUUCUUUCUCAAGGCUCUUUCCUGAUAGCUCUGGUCUGCUCCAAGGGGAUCAAUGGCACCGAGGUCAAGCAAAGGGAAAUCAAACAACAGAGGGAAAGGAGGAGAUAAGAAGAAGAGAGAAGACAAACUGUUGGCGCCGAGUCUUGUUGAGAUCACAGUCACCACUCCGUACGAAACUCAAGUGAUACUCAAAGGAGUUUCUACUGACAAAAUCAUUGAUGUGAGAAGGCUUUUGGCAUCUCACGUUGAGACUUGCCAUUUCACCAACUAUUCUCUCUCCCAUAAGGUGAAAGGGCAUAAAUUGAAUGACAACAUCCAAGUGCUUUCCCUCAAGCCUUGUUUCCUCCGCAUGAUUCCAGAGGAGUAUCUAGAGGAAAGUCAGGCGUUGACUCAGGUACGGAGAGUCAUAGACAUCGUAGCAUGCACCACCAGGUUCUUCUCCGCUUCCCCCAAAUCCCGCAACAAAUCCAUAGCCGCCGGCAAUGCCACUCAGUCGCCGGAGCCGGACGGCCUCGACAUGGUCGCCAUCCACCCCACUCCCAAAAUUUCUCAGUUCUACAAGUUUUUCUCCAUUCCUCACCUCUCUCCUCCGAUUCUUCAUUUGAAGAAAGUUGACGGUGAAGAAGCUGGAGAGAAGCGUAAUGGUGACUAUUUUGGACUCAAGGUUAAGAUUUGCAAUGGGAAGGUUAUACAUGUGAUUGCUUCGGUGAAAGGGUUCUUCGCCGUUGGAAAGCAGCUCACACAUUGCCACUCCAUUGUUGAUUUGCUUCAGAAUGUCAGCAAUGCUUUUGCCAAGGCAUAUGAAUCUCUAAUGAAAGCUUUCACUGACCGGAAUAAGUUUGGCAACCUCCCGUGUGGAUUACGCUCAAAUACAUGGCUUGUACCUUCUCCUGUUUCUGAGUCUGCUUCUCCUUUACCAGUAGAGGAUGAACAUUGGGGCGGGAAUGGUGGAGGUCAGGGGAGAAAUGGUGAAUAUGAUCAUCGACCUUGGGCGGCACAGUUUUCUGUAUUAGCUACGCUUCCUUGCAAGACUGAGGAGGAGAGAGUUAUUCGAGAUAAGAAAGCGUUUUUGCUUCAUAGCCAGUUUAUCGAUACCUCGGUGCAAAGAGCUGUUAGAGCCAUUUGCAACUUGAUGGAUACUAAUCAACACACAAGUGGGACUACUGACUUACCUGCUGGCUUGAUCCUUCUUGAGGAUCAUGUUGGGGAUUUGUCUAUUAUUGUAAAACGCGAUAUAGCCACCCUUGACCCAAAGCCUGAAGCUACCUUUCAAAAUGAAGCAUUUGUUCUAUCAUCCCAGGAACUUGCCGAAAAGAAUUUGCUAAAAGGGAUAACAGCUGAUGAGAGUGUGAUUGUUCACGAUACUCCGGCUUUAGGCACAGUUAUCGUAAGACACUGUGGAUAUACUGCGGUGGUAAAUGUCAAGGGUAAAACUCAGAAGGCAAUAUCUGAUUUCCGUGAUAUUUUGAUCGAUGACCUGCCGGAUGGAGGAGCUAAUGCUCUUAACCUUAACAGCUUAAGGGUUCAGCUUCGCAGGUCCCAUAGUGUUAGAAUAUCUGGAGAGAACCAGCCCACACUGCUUGAUUCGGAUGAUUUAGAGUCUUAUAGAUGUAUUGUAGAGGAUUUAGUAAAAGUUAACUUAACAAAGUUAGAAGAAAAAAGGGUAUCUUCUGUAAGACCCAUCAGAUGGGAGCUCGGUUCUUGCUGGGUUCAGCAUCUACAAAAGAAAGAAACAGACGUCUGUGGAAAGCCUGCAACUAAUGAUGAGACUGAACUUUCAAUUAAAGGCUUGGGAAAACAAUAUAAAGUUCUAAAGAGCAAAAGUAAGAAAUCAGAAUCUAUAAGUACCGUGAAGGAAAAGGAAAAAGAUAUCAGACUACGCGAGUUAAAUGGGGAGGCUGAUCUUGGGCAGAAAAGCAUUGAUGGACACUUUACUGAACUGAAGGAGCUGCUUUCUGAAGAAGCUUUCUCUCGUCUACAAGAAACUGGAACUGGUCUCCAUUUAAAGUCAAAAGAAGAGCUUACCAAGAUGGCAUAUGGUUACUAUGAUGAAAUUGCUUUGCCAAGGCUGGUAGCAGAUUUCGGGUCACUGGAGCUUUCUCCAGUUGAUGGUCGCACAAUGACUGACUUCAUGCAUAUAAGAGGACUCCAAAUGCGUUCUCUAGGACAUGUGGCUAAAAUUGCUGAGAAACUUCCUCAUAUACGGUCCCUCUGUAUUCAUGAGAUGAUUACAAGAGCUUUCAAGCAUCUUUUUAGGGCGGUUAUUGCAUCUGUCAAUAAUAUGGCUGAGAUACCUGUGGCAGUAGCUGCUUCAUUAAAUUUCAUGUUUGGCCACCGUGAAUUGGAAGGGUCUGAUAGGAUCCCCAGUGAAGAGUAUUGUCUCAGAUUACAGUGGCUACAGAAAUUUCUCUCCAGAAAAUUUGGUUGGAUACAGAAAGAUGAGUUCAAUCAUUUGAAAAAGUUUUCUAUCCUCCGAGGACUCUGCCAGAAGGUUGGGUUAGAACUAGUUGCAAGAGAUUAUGACUUCGAUUCUACAAAUCCCUUCACGAGCUCUGACAUUUUUGGCUUGGUACCUGUGUGCAAGCAUGUGCUGUGUAUUUCAUCUGACGGAAGGACACUCUUGGAGUCAUCAAAACUUGCCCUUGACAAAGGAAAACUUGAUGAUGCUGUGAACUAUGGAACAAAGGCAUUAGUCAAGAUGAUUGCUGUCUGUGGGCCUUAUCACAGAAAUACUGCUUGUGCGUACAGCCUUCUCGCAGUUGUACUAUACCACACUGGCGAUUUUAACCAGGCAACAAUAUAUCAGCAGAAGGCUCUAGAUAUAAAUGAGAGAGAACUUGGUCUCGACCAUCCCGACACUAUGAAAAGCUAUGGGGAUCUUUCUGUAUUUUACUAUCGUCUUCAACACUUUGAGUUGGCACUAAAAUAUGUGAACCGUGCGUUAUUUCUCCUUCACUUCACUUGUGGGCUAUCUCACCCAAAUACUGCUGCCACAUAUAUCAAUGUGGCUAUGAUGGAAAAAGAAGUAGGGAAUGAUCACCUAGCUCUAAGAUACCUGCAUGAAGCUCUAAAGUGCAAUAAAAGAUUGCUAGGAGCUGACCAUAUUCAGACUGCGGCAAGCUAUCAUGCAAUAGCGGUGGCUCUAUCUUCCAUGGAAGCACAUUCAUUGAGUGUGCAACACGAACAAACUACACUUCAGAUACUUACAGCAAAACUUGGAUCAGAUGACCUUCGUACACAGGAUGCUGCUGCAUGGCUCGAAUAUUUUGAAUCAAGAGCCAUAGAGCAGCAGGAAGCAGCACGAAAUGGAAUCCCAAAGCAUGAUGCUUCCAUCGCGAGCAAAGGCCACCUUAGUGUAUCAGAUCUCCUGGACUAUAUAAGUUCUGAUCCAGACACCAAAGGAAGUGUUGCUCACAGGAAACAUCGGCGUGCCAGGGCAUUACAGGUCAAUGAUAGUGUUGCACCAGUUGAUGAUGACGCCCAUAGAGUUGAUUCUCAGAUUGGCAUUGUUGCAUGGAACGACGUGGCAGAAGCGGAUGCCAUUAAGAGUAGGACCGAAGUAAAUGAUCCUAAUGCAGUUGUUGAUGAGAUCAAAAUGGAGACAGGUGAUAUUGUAGUACACAGGCUAAAUGUAGACAGCCAAACUGUGGAAGAGUCAACUUUAGAUGAGGGCUGGCAAGAGGCAUACUCAAAGGGGAGAUCCGGAAAUGGUGCUGGAAGGAAAUUCAGACAAAGGCAGCCUGAUCUUAUAAAAAAGAGAAUGUCGCUUAAUAAACAUUUCAACAGGAGACAGGAUGUUCAGCAACAGAAUAUAUCUUCCUUGCAGAAAACAAGCAAAAGACCCUCCCUCUCUAAGUCAUCAUCCCAAAGGGCUAUGAAGAAUGCAGAGAUAGAUGUCAGUACAAAUACAACUAAACCACAGCUAAUGGCUUCUGGUUCUGCUGCUGUGACCAGUACUACUUUGGCUUCAAAGUCUCUCUCAUACAAAGAGGUUGCUUUGGCACCACCAGGUACAGUUCUGAGGCCAAUGUUAGAAAAAUUAGAACUGAAUUUGGAGAGAACUGAAACUCAGAUAUACAGGACUUCAAGUGCGUCAACUGGAGAAGAAAGCAAGUCUGACACUGUAAUGUUGGAUUUGCCAAUCGAAGGCACAGAGCUUCCCUGUGAAAAACAAGAAUCACAAGAAAGUGCUGAGUCAGUGGAAAAUUUAACGUCAGAGUCUGAAGGGGAUUUGGGGUCCUAUUGUGGGCAAAAGGCUUCUGAUAUAAGCCAGACAAAGCUAUCAGCCGCUGCAGAGCCUUACAACCCUGGAGGUUUCUUGUUUAUUGAUCUGCAAAGCUCAGCAGCAACAACAGGCAACUACCCGAUUAUGGUUGCAGACCCUAUUUCCUGGGCUGGAGUUUCAUGUGGGAUUCACUCACCACCAUAUUAUAGUGCUAAUCACUCCAAUGGAGUUGGGAUGCCAAGAAGCAUGAAUCCAGAUGCACCAGAGUUUGUUCCAAUGAGAUCCGUGCAGAAUAGCUCACAACAUGCAGGUGGAGAUGCAAGUGUAUCCGUCGACUCCAGCAGUUUCCUAAAGGCUGAGAAAGAAGCAGUUGCUUUGAAGAAGCGAGAGCUAGCCAGCUUCAUAGUAAAGUCAUCCCAGAAGGAGGUUCCGGCUGCUCUGAGGAAAACGAGCCCAAAAGCUGAGUCAGGAGAUACCUCCGCAAAGCAUAGUGCAUUAACCGAGAUAGUUUAUAGUAGAGAAGAGGAGAGUGGAGCGAAUGCAAAUGAGACAAAUGGAGGUGAAGGGUUUGUGAUUGUGGCAAAGAAGAGGAGGAGGAAGAACAAGCUGCGGCUUACAAAUGUUGGGGCUGGGCUGUACCAUCAACCGUCGUCAGUUUGUGCAUAAUCUGAUAAGUGGGUUUCAUCAGCUUAACAAAAUAAAGCUUCUUGUGAAGCAGAGAAUAUUCUCAUCUCAUUUGGUUUAUUGGCUUUUUUCUUGGGAUUAGGUAGUUGGUUGCUUCUACUCUUAUGCUGCACUCUCGAUGCAGCUUGACCCUGUUGGGUUGUAAAUUUUUCGUCGCUAUUUUUGUGAAUCGUUUCUGAGUUCGUGGAAUCGUUUGUUGCAUCCACA